AUAUUAAUAUUUUCGAUCUGUUAAAAUUUUAUAUACUUUAUAGCGAUAGCAUUUCAUUUUGAGUAUUAGGACGAUUCUAAUAUAAUUCUUACAAUAAUAUCGUCCCAAGUUGUUUAUACAAUUUGUUAAUAUGAAACUAGUUAACCGGUAUUUUAUUUUUUGUUAGUAUUUUUUCGUUUUGUUUUCUGACAAUCAAAAUUUAUUAAAAAGUGUAUGGUAGGAAAUUUAUUUUAUAUAAAAAAAAUGGAGGCAUGAAGUAUAAGGGAGAAGAGCAUCUGGACGGUCAGUGUUGGGCACUUGGUUUAAACAAAAAAUUGACGAAGAAUGUAGUGUUAUAUAAAGUAUACAUAAAACUAGCUGCAAAUGCUGCUUUUAUUUAUUGGAAGUGUCUAAUGCUGAUAUUGCUUUGGCAAAAGUCUGGGUGCUAUAUAUAUUAGUAUUCGUUAUUAAGAGGCAGUGGACGUUUUGUUUUAAUGGUUUGUCCAGUAUGUCUUAAGUUUUAUACGCGGCGAUUUUAUUGAGUAGCCGCAUAAUUAAUGGUAGGAUGGCAGAUAAGUGAUAGCUGGAGGGUUUGGGUAAGGAUUGAACUCACAUCUGCCUCUAGUAGUAAAGUGUCAAGUUUUUUUAUGAAGUUGGACAAUGUUUAACUUUGGGGCGUUUAGUAUCGCUCCUUAGUGCGUUAUGUGAAGAGAUGGGACGGUGGUUUGUAAGGUGAUCUUCGAUAGUUAUAUUUACAGUCCCUGUUCAAUAUUUUUUAUAAUUUAUCAAUAUAUAUCAUGUACUUGAUUUCACUGUGAACUGUUUGCAUUAUUGGCAAAAUGUUAUUUCAUAUAAAAACAGCAUGCAAAAUAAAUUUAGAGAAUAUUGAACAGUGAUAACAUUAAAUUGUAAUAUAAUUUACAGCUCCAAAUAUGGAUUGUAACAGUUCAUAUAGGCGUAACUGUUAUUAUAUAGUUUAUGUAAAGCGUAAGAAGUGUAUAUGUUAUAUUUUGUAAUUUUUAUUGGAGUCUUUGCGGUUUCCGCUUUAGGUAAAUCGCCUUUUUAUAGAGCCCAAUUUUACCUACGUGUUUUUAUAAUACACUGGUAACAUUGUGUCUCUGUGGAAGACUCUCACAUAUCAUUUAUUUAUUUCAUUUAAAAGUCUUUCUUUAAUUAUUACAUUUUCAUAUAUUUCAUAACUUUGCUACGUUUUGUCGUGUUUAUGUAUUUAUUAUAUAUACAUAUAUAUGUAUGAUUUCUGUAGUGUGACUUCUGUUUGUAAUAACUGAAAAUCAAAAAAUAAACAAAAAAAAUAUGUCGUUGCAAAAAAUGCAUUGGUAUGACAACUGUAUAUAUUUAAUAUGUGAAGUUAACUUAUAAGUCAUUUCAGUUUUAUAUAAUAUAUUUAUUGUUUUUGAUUUGUCGUGUCGGAAAUAUAUAAGCUAAUAUCUUUAUUAUUCGAGUAAUAGCGUGUUCUCGACAUGUUUCAGACAUGGCAACACUACUCUGUAUGACUUAUCAGAAUAGAAAUGAGCAAAGUUGAUAUUUUUAAUCUCAUUAAACUAAUGAACUCACUUUUCAUUUUAUGUCAUUUAAUAUUAUGAGCCCAUCUCUGUUUUCAUUUUGUUCCGUCAUAGGUCAUAUUAUAUUGUACUUAUUCCAUUAACGAUAUUUGCUAAAGAAUACUUGAAAAAAAAAACUUUCAGAAAAUCCAAAAAAAAAAAAAAUUGUAAUAAUUAUAGUCAAGUUCGCAUAUAAUAUUAUAUUCGAUUAGCUCUUAAUCUAAUGUAAUGUGCCUGUGCACUUGAUCUGUGUGUUUAUCCUUAACAUCUGGAUAUUAGUUGUAUUGUGACAACGCUAGUGUUGUUUUUAACAACUGACGGGCUUGUGACAACCUUAGAUGGGGACAUAAAAACCAGGUUGUUGCAAGUCCAAAGUAAUAUGCAUCAAUAAAACUGUUGCAACCGACGAAAUUAUUUCCGUAAGAGAUGGUUCAAAGCGUGUAUAUUUCAGUAACUAUUAGUGAAAUACAAAGAACUAUCGAAUACGACACAUUUACCAUAUGUUAUUCCACUAUGUAUACGAUUUAACUGUUUUGUGACGAACCAACUGUCAACAAAUCAAUUUGCACGACAAAAGUGGAAAAGCCAGCCACUGUUUCUGCCUUCCCGCGCUAAUGUGAACCAGCGCUUACGACGAUAUGUAACGAGUUUACAACAGCUUUAUUGAUUCCAUAUUGAUGUCGCCUCUAGGUUCGCUUGUAACAAUUUCAGAUUAAGUAUGAACGGAAAUUUAAUAUUAUUUAUGUACUAAGAUUGAUGUUCUUUAUAAAUAUGAAAAAUAUAUUUCUAUAUAAAUGCGGAACCUGAAAGCAGACUCCGACUUUCGUAUUUAUAAAAAUCAUUAGGAAGAUAUGCACUGUUUAAGGUUAGGAAAUUGAAAAAUAGAGAGAAUAAUAGAGGCGAUCCUAGUUAUAGUCCCCUAAGUUAUUUCACACUUUAUAAAACCACGAUAUAACACUUAGUGGUGAAUGAGCUUUUUGUCAGUAUGUAUAUAAUUCGAUUUGUAAAAUUUCACUUUGGCGAUUAAUUACUUCCUAAUAUCAUGUUGAGAUGAGAGCAGUAUGUUUUUCUAUUCAUCAUUUUUGAGAAACAUCGCUAAUCACCACACGUUAAAAACAUUUUCAAUCAAAAAAAAAAAAAAGAAUAUAAAAAUGCAUGUAGAUAUUUCUAAAGACUAAACCUUGCAUUGCUCUCGUCUCAAGAAAAACUUAAAACAAGUCGGCUUGUAACCGAUCGCCGACGAUAGCCUUGGUUACAUGCAUAUUUGUUACUGUUCAUCUCAAUAUAUUAUUUCUUUUGUUUCCAAAAAUCUGUAAUUCAUUAGACAAAAGUAUCUUGUAAACCGGGGUAGUAGCAGUACUUAAGGGAUUUCACAUUUUUUUAUUUGGUGCCAAAAUAGACAUGCAAUUAAUACCAUUUUGCACCACAUGUCUACACAUGCAAAUAACACAAACGUAAAAUUGCAAAUUUUGUAUUAGCUAUAUUUCUGAAAACAUAAUUCAUUACGGAUGAAAUACGCAAAUUUUGGCACCAAUUGUUUCGUUCUUUAUAUUAUGCAGACGAUUUAGGUUAGACGUUAAAUUUAUAAAAUUGAAUUUUAAGAUGAUACAACCGUUACUAAAUCAAUUAGAAGUGGUUAUCCCUGAAAAUAGUUACCAUUUUCGUUUACGUUAGGUUGUGCUCACUACUCUGGUUCUUGCCACCUUUGGGAAGAUAAUAAAAAUAAACAAAUCACUUAUUUAGUUUUAUUCAACCAUAUUUUUAUAAAUACCUUAUACUAACGAAAAUUACUAAUAUUUACAAUAUACGAGAAUUUUAGAUUAACGAAUAGUGGGCGAAGUUGCUACUAAAAUCAAGUCUAUUCUAGCGGACUCUGCAGUCCUUGUCUUGCGUUCGCGCAGAAAUGAGAGAGCACUAUACAAAAACCACAGUUUACACUUUCAUCCAUUGAAAUGCACGCGGUGCUUCGUUGAGAGCGAGCCACGCCGGUUUGUCUUAAAAUAUAAGAAGCUGCUUUUAUCGGCAGUAGAAUAAUAAACUCAUUUAUUUCAUAAAUUGAUUGUGAUAAAUUGUGACUAGACAGUGAUAUUGAACUGUUCGUGUUUUUAAUGAAAAAAGUUUACUAUUAUACGGGUUGCUGAUAAGUAAUGAGUAACAACUAAGCAAUGGGUCAGACGGAGGAGCGUGCGCAUAGCGUGCGAAGAUCUCCCGAGCUGCCGCCACUUCCACCACCAAUACAACCAUGUAGCGGAUUUCUCGGCAACGGCAAAUCCGUUAUACGUCCGAUAGCGUUCAAGCCGCUAGGCGGGCGCCUCUCUGCAGGCGGGGAGCGGUACGGUUCUACGCCAGUGCUAGCGAGUCGACCGCCAUCACUUAUGACCUUAUAUGGCAGUUCGUCGGAUGUCCGCGAGGCACGUUGGUGCGGGUCGCCACAGCCAGCGUCACUCUCCGCUUUACCACCCGCCACGCUUUCCGCUCCGCUACAUCAACGACACCAUUCCGCUAUUAUGACAAAAUCGAGUUCAGGAUUGGGUUCCGAGUGCAAAGAGCCUGUGCCGGCGCCCUCGCCUGCUGACUCUGGUGUUUCUGAAUUGGAGCGGGAUCACCAUGACUAUAGUUCAACGGACCGCUUGCGAGGGCACGACGUGCGCCUGCGAGCGCCGCGCCUCAUGCUGCAGAGCUACGGCGCGCGGUCGCGGGACGAGCGCGACGCCGAGCUGGCGCGCGUGCGCCGCGACCGCGCGCUGCUGCGCCAGCGCCUCGAGGACACCGAGUGGAGCCUGUGCCAGCGCGCCGGCGAGAUCGCGCUGCUCAAGACGCAGCUCAAGGAUGCUCAGAACGAACAAACCGCCAAAGGUCACGAAUACCUUACACUGAAAGCCGACUGUCGCCAACUCAGGGAAGCUCUAGACAAGAAAGACAAAGAGACGUCGAGACUACGAGCAGAAUCAGAGGAGAAAGACAAAUCUUUAAAAAGAUUGCAAGCUGAAGUCGACAGACUGACGAACGACUUGAUGGAGAAAGUAACCGAAAUGUCAAAGACUAAAGAGAGCAAUAAAAGCGAAAUAGAAAAAUUAAAAACAGAAGUAAAAGAACUGAGACAGGAACUCUCCGACGUAUCUCUCAGCGGAUACGAAGGGAUCGAAUGCGGGAGGACCAUGAGGGGAAUUUACGACGUUUGCAAAACGAAUGAGUAUCACUGGACCUCGAGCGACAGCGCUCUAGAGGACGCCGAGGUGCAAAGACUCAACGGAGAGCUGCCGGACACGUGCGGGGACUCGUGCCAAGCCAGCGCCGUGGUCGACCGGCUCAAGUGCGAGAUAGAGAAUAAGGAAGCCCAGUUUAACAACGAAAGAAGAAAAUGGUCGGAGGAGAAGGACAAAGUUCUGAGAUACCAGAAACAGUUACAGAUGAACUACGUGCAAAUGUUCAAGAGAUCUCGCACCCUCGAAGCCGAAAUCGACGGCCUGAGGCUAGAAUUAGAGCUCUGCAAUAAGAAUAUGAAGAAUCUGAACCAACACAAAACCAUAGAGUUGUAAAUGUACCAAAUUACAUAGUUUAAUAUUUAUUUAUGUUUACUAAUGCUUGUGUAAAUAAUUUGCGUCCUCUUGCCGCGUGGUCUCGAUGGUUGUCAGUUAUCGAAUUGUCUUGCUAUUGUUUAAACAUAGAUCUGAUUGGUUUAUUGUCAUUAGCCCUUUCUUGCUCUUGUGAGUAAGAGAUAGAAAUCUAUCAAGUGAAGAGUAUAGAUAUAUCCUAUUGUAGUCUUUGAUUUAAUACUACUGAACUUUUUAUUUAAUUUUUAAAUACUCAGCUGGCAAUUUAUUUAAUAUCACAUUUAUAAAUUAAAUUAUUGUACAUUUACUAGCAUAAUAAAAUACGUAAAUUUAGGUAAAGAUUAAAUAAUAUUUUUUAAAAAAUAUUAAAGCUAUUGUAGAUAAUAUUAAUAAUAAUGUUUU